AAUCUAAUUCAUAGGUUUCGCCUUACGCAUAGGAAUACUCAUCCCCUUUCUGCACUUUACUCUUUUCUUCCACAACCAACAGAAAUAGAUUCGAAAGAAAAUGAAGCUAUCAUUCAAGCUUGAAGAUGACAAGACCCCUGUGUUGAAAGCCAGGGUGCCCAUCUCCAUAUUUAGCCAACCUUUCGUUUCUAUCCUCACCACCACAACCACCGACAACGGCAGCCACAAAUCCUCUCAAAACACAUCCUUUUCUCUCUGCACAAAUUUCCCUUCCGGCCCUUGUCUCAAACUCUCUUACGCUCCCUCAACUUCCCCUUCCUCCACUUUCCCUUUCUCUCUCUCUCUGAAGUCUGGUCUUGGUCUCUUUGGAUCACCCAAAGACUCCCCUCUUGUUUUCUCUGCUCAGUUUUCUCUUUCAUCUGUUAGCCCCGGAACCCCAAUUCCCGCUUUCUCUCUCCAUUUCAAGCCCCAAUUUGGCAACUUUUCUUUUCACAUGGCCACAUCGUCGAAACCUAGCCUCGAAUCAGAUUCCGGGUCUCAUCACUCUAUUUCAAUACAAUCUGCUUCACCUUCGGAUUCGGGUUUUGGAACCCUAAACUCGGCUUCAGUCUGGCAAGAUGUGAAAUUGGAACCUCGUAAUGGAGCUGAUGAUGGGCUUGAUACCCCUAAGUUCGGCUAUGGGAACGAAGGGUUUGGUAUGGAGAGGUCAUUGGUGAGGACAGAUGACAAGAAAGCUGGGAUUUUUUGUGGAACUGCUAUUAGAGCAAGAACAAUGUUUCCUGUGACAAAAAGGGCUGUGGUGAACCUAAGGUGGACCGUGAACUUGCCUUCGAGUUUGGGUUCAAAAUUGCCUAAUCUGACAAUAAACAAGAUUGGGAUCGAGAAGCCUGAUGAGGUUAAUGGAGAGAGAAAAAAGAGCGUUGCGAGUAAUGAAGAUGAGUUCGAAUUGCUUAAAGGUGUGUAUUCAUGGAUGAGAAGAGAUUUGGAGAAGUUGGAGAAUGAGAAUAGGGAAAUGAAGCAGUGUAUAGAAGAUGUGAGACAUGAGAUUUCAGCUAGUAGGGAAAGUGAGGGUCUUGGGCGGAGGGCCUCCACGCCUUGGGCGAAGAAUUCGAACGACUUGGAGCAGUGGAGGAGCAAGAGAAGUUCUGGUGAAGACAAUAGUGGAAGAGAAGCGAAGAAGAAUGUGAACAAGAUGAGCGAGGUGGAGAUUGAAUUGCAGAAAGCUAUCAAAGCUGCGCCCACGUAAUGAGGUCGAUGUCUCUCUUUCAUUUGGUUUGGCUGAUUAUCCUUUGAAUGUUGUAUAUAGUUAAUGGUAGUUGAGCCUUUUGCUGAAUUGAGCUUAUUCAUGCUUUGCUGAUGAUGC